AUUAAAAAAAAAAGCUAAAUUAAAGCAACAAAUAUGACAUUAUGAAUGUUACACGGUUGCCGUAUGUGGCCCAAGGAAAGAGAGUGUUUUAUUAUUUUAACACUAUUUCUAAUAUUAUUAAUAAAAGUGAAAUAAACUAAUCGAUUCAUAGGUUGUAAACUAAAAUGCUCUUCAAUAAAGUUGUUAAUAAAAGUGAGGAUAGGCGGGGCAUUCUAAUCACGUGACCACAAUGUUUCCGUCUGUUGACGGGCGGGAAAUUAGAAGUCCAGGGAGUGUUUUGUAUAUUGUCUACGAACGUACAAACGCCACAGUCAACCAGUUUAGUACAACAAGUAACUACGAAUAACUAGUCGAUAGUUAGUUUAUGUAUCCAGCUAGCUAGCUAGCUAGCGACAAUUCCAUUUCGACGUCAAGCAGGAUGGCGGCCAAACAGCUUGUGCGGGAUUUGAAACUUUGGACGACAGAGUUCAAUCUUUCCCCGGAGAGUCUGCCGCCUGACAACUAUUUUAAAACGCUGUGUGUUGGGAGAAGAGCCUCCAUUUGGAAGUAUAUAAUCAACCACGUUUUUCAACAAAGAACUGUGAAGCUCAGGAGAGGCAAUCUUCAGUGGUACAAAGUUCUUCAAGAUAAAGAGGCAAAGCAGCGUGAGUGUCUGAGCGUGGCUACUAAAAAGAGCGAGCUUCAGAAGAAGAUUGAGCAGCUCAAAAGUGACAUUGGUCAUCUGGACUCUGAGAUCAGAGCAACUGAGGAACAACUAGCCACACAAGAGCGGGCCAGCAGUUCCAUCAAGGCUCAGGUGGAGGACAGUCAACAAAGGAAUUUGCUUCUCCAGGCCUUCAAGCAGAAGUGCGUGUCACAUCGCAAGAUGCUGUCAAGUGACAUUCAAGAGAUCAAUGGCUACUGUCAGGCUCUGGAGCAGAUGGCCAGGAAAGCAGAAGUUGAGGUGCUGUUUGAGGAUCAGCGUUCCAGCUACUGUGAUGUUGAUGUGCUCCUUUUCAAAGCUCCAGUGGAGGCACAAGUCCUGAGUUACGUGAGAAAACUUUGUGACGACCGGGUCCAUUUUUAUCAGUCUUUACAAGAGAGUGAAUUGAAAACGUCAGACUGUGGGCGUAUGACUAGCGAGCAAAGGACUGUGUUUCAGGACUGGUUAAGUGCUGUGGAGAACCUGGUGGAUGUUUACCCCCCAAAUCACAUCCUCGCUUCAUUGCAACAUUUGGCCACCGAAAAGCAGAAGGCAUUGGAGGCGAGCGUGUGCUCUCUGGAUGUUACUCAAAACGCAAAAACUCUUGGGAUUGAUUAUGAAAGGAAUCAACUCCUGGACUUAUUGGCAAAAGAGGAUGACGACUUGCCGUCCGUUGAGGCACUCUUACAGGCUGCAUGGCAAGAAUUAAAGGAGCGUUCUGAUGAAUUAUCCCAGAGUCGCUUCAGAGUUAAGCAACUUCAGAACCAGCUGGUGGCUUGCAGGAAGCAAGCUGAACAGAAUUUGUCUUGCUUCGAUGACGACCACCACAAUGACUCAUUGGCACUGUCAGUUUUGGAUUUGGAGCUCGAGUGUGUGAUGAAGGCUGCAGCCAGGGAUCAUAUUAAAAAAUGGUGGAUCGAACUUGACCAGCAUGCCCGAAGUCAACAGGAGGCGCACAGCAAUCUUUGCAUUCAGUGGCAGAACAUUGUGGAUGUCAGCAAACUAGUGGUCCUCAGACAGGAACAGAUUAGAGGUCUGGUCAAGGGGAUUUCAUCAACUAAAACGGAAUUGAUCCAGAUGCACAAUGAGCUACAGGACUUUGUAAAGGGCAAGGUGGUGCCACAGUGCCAUGAUGUCGCCAGUACUGCCGACAAUACGAGGAACUCCAUCUCAAAGGAGGUUAAACAGAUGGGCACUGUUUCGAUUCAAGCUCUGGACCGGAGGACUGUUGAUGGAAUGCAGAGAAUUCCGACAUCGUGGCUGUCCAUCAAUCGGUUGCAGUCGCCAACCUUCAGCAGCCUCUGUCAAAGCAUGCCGUUCCCGCUCUACAGGGCUCCUGAAGAGUUGUGCGCCCAGGUGUACCGCAACAAGCUCGAGUGGCGGUUUCUCUCUCUGUUACUACAACUUUACUCUACCACCCUGCGGAAAUCCAAGGAGGAGGUGGCGCAGCUGCUUGUAUCUGAUCACAAAGUCUUGCUGGCCAGAGUCAAAGAGGAAGAUGAAAAACUGCUGGAGUCGUUGGUACCAAGAGCCAGGAUUCUUGUGCAAAAAUGCGCAAAUGGUUUUUCUAAUGUAGAGAAAGUUCAAAUGGCCAUCAGUGACUGGUGGGAUCAGCCGGCCCAGCAUGUCCUACCUGAUGUCCGCAAAGGAGGACUGACUUUUCGGCAGUGGCUGGAUAGGUGGAAACUAGCUGCCGAAGUCUAGAUGAGACGAGUAAACCUGUACAAGUGGCAAAACUGGCUGUUGUUACAUUCGAUUUGUUUCAUCCUUGAUAGUUCUGCUAUGUGAUGCUGUGCGGUAAAAAAAAAAACGAAAAAAAUUGAUGUUUUUAUCUUGUCUUUCUUGGAAUGAAUAAAGUGGACUUGCUGUUUUGUGGGCGAUU